AACAAGAUGGCUGCUCCCUGAAGACUCUCUUCUCCAAAAUGUUUGCCCCUCGCUCGUGUCAGGCUCCGAGUUAAAGACUCGGCCUUUCUCCAACCAUGUUCUCCUUCCGAAGCUGUGGUCGCUGGGUCGCGGCUUCACUCACCAAACAGCACCAUCCGUCUUCCCUGUUCAGCGGUGACAGCGCGGCGCCCUGGACUCCGCACUUCGACGUGGCAGUCAUUGGCGGAGGACAUGCGGGGACCGAAGCCGCUGCCGCCGCCGCUCGGUGCGGCUCCCGGACUCUGCUGCUCACGCAUCGAGUGGACACCAUCGGUCAGAUGUCCUGUAAUCCUUCCUUUGGUGGCAUUGGAAAGGGGCAUUUAAUGAGAGAAGUUGAUGCCUUGGAUGGCCUGUGUUCUCGAAUCUGUGACCAGUCUGGUGUACAUUACAAAGUAUUAAACCGGCGCAAGGGACCAGCUGUUUGGGGUCUGAGAGCUCAGAUUGAUAGGAAACUUUAUAAACAGAACAUGCAGAAAGAAAUUCUGAAUACACCGCUGCUGACUGUGCAGGAGGGAGCUGUAGAAGACCUCAUUCUUACAGAACCAGAGCCUGAGCACACUGGGAAAUACCGCGUCAGUGGUGUUGUUUUGGUGGAUGGAAGUACAGUGUAUGCGGAGAGUGUGGUUCUAACUACUGGGACGUUUCUGAGAGGCAUGAUUGUAAUUGGAUUGGAGAUGCAUCCAGCAGGACGUUUAGGGGAUCAGCCUUCCAUAGGGUUGGCUCAGACUCUGGAGAAGUUGGGGUUUGUGGUGGGAAGAUUGAAGACUGGGACUCCGCCCCGGAUCGCCAAAGAAUCCAUUAAUUUCAGCAUUCUAAACAAGCAGACACCAGAUAAUCCAUCCAUACCGUUCAGCUUUAUCAAUGAGACAGUGUGGAUCAAGCCAGAAGAUCAGCUGCCAUGUUACUUGACUCACACCAACCCUCAAGUGGAUGAGAUUGUCCUUGAGAACCUUCACCUUAACUGUCACGUUAAGGAAACUACAAGAGGACCCCGAUACUGUCCCUCCAUUGAAGCAAAGGUUUUGCGUUUUCCAAACCGUCGACAUCAGGUUUGGUUGGAACCUGAAGGAAUGGAUUCUGACCUCAUCUACCCACAAGGGUUAUCUGUGACACUGCCAGCUGAAUUACAAGAGAAAAUGAUCACAUGCAUCAGAGGCUUCGAGAAAGCUAAGAUGAUUCAGCCAGAUCUUUGCAUCUCUACCUUGAGGCAAAUCCACUGUUUUUACUACUUUUUACCAUUUAUCCUUUGGCCAGGCUAUGGUGUUCAGUAUGAUUACUUGGACCCCCGUCAGAUCACUCCUUCUCUCGAGACUCAUUUGGUGCAGCGGCUCUUCUUUGCUGGACAGAUAAAUGGCACGACUGGUUAUGAGGAAGCUGCAGCUCAAGGUGUGAUAGCUGGAAUCAAUGCAAGUCUUCGGGUCAGACACAAGCCUCCUUUUGUCAUUAGCCGAACAGAAGGCUACAUAGGAGUCCUGAUCAAUGACCUCACCACGCUGGGUACCAACGAACCAUACCGCAUGUUUACCAGCCGAGCUGAGUUCCGCUUGUCACUGCGUCCUGACAACGCCGAUAGCAGGCUCACGUUCCGAGGGUACAAGGAAGCUGGUUGUGUGUCCCAACAACGAUAUGAAAGAGCUACUUGGAUGAAGUCUUCUUUAGAAGAAGGCAUUUCUGUGCUAAAAUCCAUUGAGUUUCCAAGUUCUAAAUGGAAAAACUUAAUCCCAGAGGCUUCUAUAAGUAUUGGUAAAAGUCUACCCCUCAGAGCUCUCGAUGUUCUGAAGUAUGAGGACGUUGACAUGGAGUUGUUGGCCAGGGCUGUCCCAGAGCCCUUGAAGAAGUACACCCGAUGUGGAGAGCUCGCCGCAAGACUGAAGAUAGAAGCCACAUAUGAAUCAGUGUUGUUCCAUCAGCAACAAGAAAUAAAGGAAGUUCAGCGAGAUGAAGCUCUCCAGCUGCCAGAAGACCUGGAUUAUUUGACUCUCAGGGAUGUGUCUUUGUCCCAUGAAGUUCGAGAGAAGCUACAUUUCAGUCGCCCACAGACGAUUGGGGCUGCCAGUCGUAUACCUGGAGUGACACCUGCUGCCAUCAUCAAUCUGCUCAGAUUUGUGAAGACCACUCAGCAAAGACAGGCAGCUAUGGAUAGAUUGCCCAAAACUGAUCGUUUAUGUAAUACAGACAAACUUGAAGACAGACAGUUAUAGCUUUCUAUUCAUAGAAGACUUUUAAUCAAUACAAGAGUAUAGAUAGGAGAUAAGAUGUAUUUUUUUUAGCUUACUAUUAGUAACAAAGUUUAUUUACCUAAUUAAAUCCAAUCUAAUCUUAAUCGCUCCUGACAAUGUACAAAAUUCUUUUCUCAAAGUUCCCUUUUUUCACAAACGUUUUAUCACUUUUUAUAUCCAUAUGAUUUGUCCCUUAGUUUUCCCCAUCCAGAAACAAACAGCUCUAGGACAAAAUUAUUAUCAUCAUUUUUCCUCAACAAAAAUAUCUCCAUUCUUGGGCUUCCCUGGUGGCGGAGUGGUUAAGAAUCCGCCUGCCAAUACAGGGGACACAGGUUCAAGCCCUGGUCUGGGAAGAUCCCACAUGCCGCGGAGCAACUAAGCCCGUGCACCACAACUACUGAGCCUGUGCUCUAGAGCCCGUGAGCCACAACUACUGAGCCCGUGUGCCACAACUACUGAAGCCCAUGCACCUAGAGCCCGUGCUCUGCAACAAGAGAAGCCACCGCAAUGAGAAACCCACGCACCGCAACCAAGUGUAGUCCCCGCUCGCUGCAACUAGAGAAAGCCCAUGCACAGUAACAAAGACAAAAUGCAGCCAAAAAUAAAAAUAAGUAAAAUAUAAAGU